GUGGUCGUUAUCGAGGUAAAGCGGGACUAUCCUCACCUCGACCACAUCCUCGGUGAACACAGAUGGUCUGAGUUCUUAAUCAACCCGCCAGCGGACGUAAAGAACGACGUAUCUCGCGUCUACUAUUGUACCUACCACUCCGGCAGAGAACUUCAGAAGCACGGCUGGAAGUGUGUGCCGCUCGAGGAUGAUUGGUUCAGGACAUGGAGUCCUAAAAAC